AUGAGGCCAGAUGAGAAAGGAAAUAUUAUGCAGUGUUAGUCUACGUUUAUGUUGAUUGGUCUCCAGUCUUAUAGACCCCUUAUUGGAAUCCUGCCAGUGUUGCAAUAAAUACCUUUCCAAGAAUCCAAGUACUUGGUCUUAUAGAUGUACUUGAACUAAUUCGUUUUAGAUGAAUGUCGGCUAUUAACUUUUGAGGUUCACAACUUGGGAUGGACCACCAAAAGCUCACCACGGUCACUGUGCCUUUGGCUCCGAGGGAGGAGGUUGCGCAGUGCAUUCGAACAACGAUUAUCUUCAGCGUCCUGGUGGCAGUAUGGACCGGUCUACGCCUGUGGUCGCGACGGAUACGUCAAUUACCGAUAAACCUUCCUGAUAUUUUCUUCUACGUCUCUGUGGCUACUUUCUACGCCAUGGUCGUAUGUUUGUUUAUAUUACUCUACAUGGGCGGCAUUGGCUAUCACAUGGAUCAACUCCAGAAAUACCAUAUCGCAAGACUUACUCAGUGUAUGCUCGUAAUACAAGCCUUGUACGGUAUAUCGAUGUGUGGUGCCAAAUGGAGUAUCUUGUGGACGUUGAAGAACAUCUUCGCGGUCCGCUCGUUCCAAAUAAUUUCCUGGAUAGUUAUUGGAUUUCAGGCGGCGUGGGUUGUCAUGACGAUAUUAAUAGGCCUUCUUGUUUGCCGGCCGAUUGAGAAGAAUUGGGAUCCGACGGCAGUUGGUACUUGUGGCGACCAAAUCGCAGCAUACACAGCGGUCAGCAUUUACAACGUUGUCGUCGACGUUGUAAUGUGCCUCAUGCCAAUACCGAUGAUUCUAAAAUUACAGCUCAAGAAGCCAUACAAGCUCGCGCUUCUCGGAAUAUUCAGCAUAGGUGCCGUUUCUGUUGCCUUUGCCACAAUCCGUCUAUUAUCUUUCCGUCAACUCGACUUCAACGAUUUUGCGUACACAGUGGUUGACGUCGUUACUUGGACCUACGCCGAGAUGGGAGUUGUUAUCAUGGUAGCUUGUUCGCCCCUAUUACGGCCAGUCUUCGACAAAGUCUUCCGCAGAUUCAUGCCAUCCCGAUUCACGAAGAGGAGUAAUCAACAGUCACAUGGGACCCUCGGAAGUAACGUAGAUCCGAUGGAUUUGAGGAAGCCCAAGUCAAGAGUGAGGAACGAAUUUCAGACGAUAGGCGACUCGGAGGAAAGUCUCGUCGAACUCGGACAAUUAGGCCGCAGCCAGGUUGUGGCAACAUCAGGGAAGGCCGAGAAAAACUUAUAUCUACAAAAGGAGGCCUCGGACGAUUCGUCUUAUGGGGCAGGAAUAUUGGUUCAAAGAGAGAUUACGCAGACAUUCAAAUGAUGCGGUUUUGCUCCAGCGUCUGAUCCCAAUUGGAUUCAGUCGGAGAGAACGAGUUUUCAAUACUACUAUGUAUUACACUUCAUAAUUGCCGAUUCGGUGUUUACCUACAUGCUAAGGUGCCUGUCUACCUGCUAACCUUAGGCGCCUAUGUUACAAUACUCUUUCAAUUCAGAAAACCACGCAUCCUCAACACGACUAAAUAUUUGAUAGGGAUUGGAUUAGCAAUAUCUACAUACGCUUUGCAUUAGCC